AUGGCUUCUUUACUGCGGCAGAUCGUCGCGGGGCCCCGCGCACGCCAUGCAGAGUCUGAUUUGGACCUCUGCUAUGUCACUUCCAACAUCAUUGCGACCUCCGGUCCAUCAGGGACGUACCCCCAGCGAGCUUACCGAAACCCUCUCGACCGCCUCGUCACCUUCCUCGACGAGAAGCACAAGGACAACUGGGCGAUAUGGGAGUUCCGCGCAGAGGGCACGGGGUAUCCCGACGAAGAGGUCUACGGGCGCGUGAGGCAUUACCCCUGGCCCGACCACCACCCGCCCCCCUUCCGCCUCAUUCCUAUGAUCAUGGCGAGCAUGCGCAACUGGCUUAACGGGGGAGACCUCGAGCAGGGCGACGCCGGCGUCGGCGCCGCGGACGGGAAGGCGCCCGAGGCGGAGAACAAGAGGGUCGUCGUCGUGCACUGCAAAGCCGGAAAGGGACGCAGCGGGACGGUGUCCUGCAGUUACCUCAUCUCGCAGUGCGGGUGGAAGCCCGAGGAGGCGCUCACGAGGUUCACGGAGCGGAGGAUGAGGCCCAAGUUCGGCGCGGGCGUGUCGAUCCCGAGUCAGCUGAGGACCAUCACCUACGUCGACCGCUGGACGCGGGGCGGGAAGAAGUACGUCGACCGCGCCCUCGAGAUUGUAGAGAUCCACGUCUGGGGCCUACGGAGCGGUGUCAAGUUCGACGUGGAGGGAUUCGCGGACGAGGGGAAGAAGAUUAAGGUGUUCCACACGUUCAAGAAGAGCGAGAGGGUUGUGGUUGAAGGGGACGCGCCGAGCGGUGGCGGGAUCGGGAGGAUGAUGACGGACUUGGCGACCGUUGGUGUCAAGCCCACGGAAAAGGCUCCUGAGGAGGCGCCUUUGGCGGAGCAUACGAAUACCAACAACGCGAAGAAAGGCGGUAGUCCAGUGGGGCGAGAGGAUAAGAGCUCGGUUUCCAGGAGCGCGAGUAAGAAGCUGCGCAACGCCAAGACGACGUCGCUUAUCAGGGACCCAGCGGCGCCUGGGCCUAACAAGAGGAGCGAGACGGAGGCGAACGGGAAGGAAGGAGAGGGCUCUGAUGGGGAGCCUGGCGGUAUGGCGGUCAUUCUGAAGCCGACCCAGCCGAUUCACAUCCCGAACAGCGAUGUCAACAUCUCCGUCGAGAGACGAAACAGGACGUCGGCGUCGAUGGGAUUGACGAUGGUCACGGCUGUUGCUCAUGUCUGGUUCAACGUGUUCUUCGAGGGCAACGGACCCGAGCAGGACGGCAAGCCCGACGCCAGCGGCGUAUUCGAGAUCGAGUGGGACGCAAUGGACGGUAUCAAGGGGUCCAGCAGGAAGGGCUCGCGCGCGUUCGACAAGAUUGCCGUCGUCUGGCGCGUCGCGGACUCCCACCGCGCCGAGGACGGCGGCGACGAAGUCGGCCCGGCCGAGGGCGACGUCGUGCAGCAGCCUUCCACGGGCUCUCCUGUCCCCCAGAUGCAAGCUGCGGACUGGAAGGGCGGGAACAAGGAGGACCCGCUCGCCGAGAAGCAUCUCGGUCUGAGGACGGAGAGUCCCGAGAGCGCGGAUGUGAGCCGGGCGAGCAGUGUCAAGGAUGGAGUUGUCAAGGACGGGGACGAGACGGAUUCGAUGGAGGGUGUGAAGACUAGCGGUCCAUACGGGGAGGAGGAGCUGGAUGCGGGGGAAGUUGAUGUUAAGAAGGUUGAGAAGACGGCGGAGAAUCAGACGGGGAGUCUGAGGACGGUGGAGCCCGGGCCGGAGUUGUUGGACAGUCCGGACACGGCGAGCGGGACUACGGCGGCGGGGAGUACUGAGGUUAAGAAGUAG